AAAAUGUAAAGCCUGUGUUUCAUUGUUAGGCUUCACAAGUGGCAAUGAAUGUGACUUGUGUUUUAUCUAUUGAAAACAUUUCAUCACCUUCAUCCACCGCUGUUUGAAUGCUCGAAGCUCCUUAACUAUCAUAGAAGUGCGUGCAGCCCGCUCUCCAGUUGCCGUUUGAAUAUUUUUGAGAGGUUUCAGGUUUGUGGGGGCGUCACAUCCCACGAGCACUUCGUAGACAAUUUGUUGAGCAUGUUUACUUGAGUGUGUGAGAGCUUUUUCAUUUUGAUGUCGAGGUUUUGUGAAGCGACCGCUGCCGGAGUGUGGGAGUUUUGAGUUGAUAGAGUGAUGGAUGGUAGUGUGGGGAAUGGAGGUGGUGUUCAUUUCCUGGUGUUGGCAGCAGAUGAGUGUGAAAGAACGGAGGAUCUAUUUCUUUUUGGAUUGACGAGUUUCGGUGUGACGGUCUGCGGCUGUUGAGCGGGCGGCGAGAUUCUUGUGUAGGUUUACAGUAACAGCUCCGGUGACUGUGGUCCAUGAUGGGGGAUAUCGGAGUGCAAAUGAGGUACAGUGUAGUUACAUGCGAGCAGAUUGUCGUUUAAGAAGAAUCUUGGGUUGGUGGUAAUUUUUUCAAGCGUGGCGAAAUGGGAAGUUUGGGGCAAGGACAAGUAGGAGGAGGAUUUGGCGUGUACCAGCAUGAAGCAAUUUCGUCUGCCUUGUCCGCCAUGUCCCUGAGGCCGUCGCGGCGAGACAUUAUCGUGAUAGUCUCGCUGUCAGUUCUCUCGGCGUCGCUUCUUGCGGUCCUAACAUCCAGGAGUGAGGUCGCAACUGCCGCAUUUGCAGCAGUUGGUGUAUCCGGAGAGAUUUCCAUCAUUGUGGUGCGAACAUCACAAGCAGUUCUCACAAUAUUCUUUGCCCUAACCUUGAGUGCUCUUCAUAAAGCAAUUUCUCUUCAAGCUGCAGCUGAUGCAAGUAUGGCGAAAGCUGCCAGUGUGAAAAAUGCAGCGGAUGCGUCUUCGAAUUUGACUCUUACAAAGCAUCAGCAGGCCUUGCUUGGCUUGUCAGGGCUCGGACGCAAGAGUAACGUGCUUGACAAAGGCGUAGACUUAGCUAAUGAACUGAAGGGUAUAGGGGACGUGCGGCUGCGACCAACCAGGAUGAAUGCAUCACCAUCACAGCCUUCAGCUUCGCCGUCGCGUUCUUUGAUGGUCCCAUUACAUCCAACGCAGAAUAAAGGAAACAAGGGGGCAUCAGCUUCUGAUGCAGGGUUUCUUUCUUUGUUGGCUGGUCCUGUCUCAUCUGUGUCUCCAUCUAGUGCACUGACCAACCCUAAACCUUCCUAUUUUUCUCAGGGUUCACCAUAUUCAAAACCUGCAUAUCUAUCAAAUCCAGUAGGGAGCCCACAUGAGCUUCGUCCAACUCCUUGGUCUCGGCAAAAGAGCUUCAAUCUAAAAGAUGACUUCCAAAGUGAGGAGAAGUUGCAAAAAUUCUUAUCAGAUACAGACACUAAAAUGGCAGAAGGUGCUGGAAUGACUGCCCUAGCUGACCAAGUCUGCAUGACUCCACCUCCCACCAUCCGUGGAGUUGCUAGCAACUUAACUACUCCAAGCCCUGUAAACGUACCUGUUUGCUUGAGCAGCCCUCGAGGGACUCCAGUUCGGGCGUUGCGUAUGUCCCCCACUCAGAAAGGAGUUACGCCUCCUAAGAAGGGAGAGAAGGGAGAGAAUGAAUUGCCCAGUCCUAUGUCUCUAGAGGAGGUAACAGAAAGACUCAGCCUUUUGGGGGUCCUCCCUUGCAUUGAUCAAUGGAGAGAUGCACUGCGCCAGUGGUUUUCAGAGGUUCUGCUGAGUCCUCUGGUCUACAAGAUCGAUUCGAGUCAUCUACAGGUGAUGGCAGCAGCAGCAAAGCUAGGCCAAACUUUGACUGUUUCUCCAGUUGGUGGUAAAUUAAGACCUGCUUCUGGUGAUGGAGUGGCAUCUGAGUGGCUUUCUGCAGCAACAGACGAUGAGGCUAUGCUGCAUCAACUUCGUGCUGCUCUCUUGCAGGCUCGUGAAGCCACUCCUGCUCCGCAGCCAGGGCUUUUCGGUCUUCAAUCUUCAGGCAAGGAGCGUAUCGUGAAUCCAUUGGUUCAGGAAUGUCUGGAUGCAGUUACUGAGCAUCAGCGCCUUCGUUUACUCAUGAAAGGAGAAUGGUUCAAAGGACUUCUUCCUUUGAGCAAUGUGAGUCCUAACGCCAUUGUUCAAAGAAUUAGAGAACUCUCUGAAGGCUCAUGUGUGAAAAGGUACGACUUCAUGGGCAGUGGCAGCAAGAAACCCAACGCUGAGCUCCCUUCUGAUCCCCAUCUUCUUCUCUAUCUUUUCUGCGCCUUGUUGGAACAUCCACAGUGGAUGUUACACGUGGACCCGUAUGGCCAUUCCAGCAUGCAGACAGGAACGAACCCACUUUUUCUGAACUCUCUUCCUGGAAACGAAAGAUAUUCUGAGAAGCAUGUUGCGGUGUUGCCGAAUGCUCCGGAAGCAAUACCUGGAGGGGCGUGUGUCUUGGCUGUUGGCAAGCAAAUCCCUCCAGUAUUUGCCCUCUACUGGGACAAAAAGCUGCAGUUUUCUAUGCAGGGGCGUACAGCACUAUGGGACGCAGUUUUGCUGCUGUGUCAUCGAAUCCAGAUAGCUCAUGGUGGCGUGGUUCGAGGAAUAAGCUUAGGAUCGCCAGCAUACAACCUUUUGUCCGUUUUGGAGCCCACAGCACUUCGCAGUCCUCUUCCGUAGUCGAGUUUAUGCCAACGGCUUCCAGUGCUCUCAAUGCAUCACUGUUCAUUUUUUUGCAGAGUUUUCUUUCCAAUGGUGAUGGGCGCACAACAAAGAAAUCUUCAGCUCAAAAAGUGGUGUGUACUAUACUUGUCAGCUUAAUCGAGCUCUACUGUUCAAAAUUCUCAUCUCUUGUAAUUAUUUUGUUCAAUGUGAACAAUAACUUUCUAUUCUCAA